UAGAUUAUGUGUACAGUCAGUGAUAAUGUUGUUGACGACCGCUUGAAAUAGUAGCAUUUGGUUUCCUGCCGGACACAAACUAUUUUUAGAAAAUGAAGUGUCAGUCAAACAUAUGCUGUGGUAGGACUUCUCUAGAAAGUUCUAGUGCAGACAGUGUAUGCAUAGCUCAUGAGUGAAUCAGACAGCGCUGAGGGUAGAGUUGACGAUGGUAGAGUAACACGAUCAAGAUCACGUAGGAUCCCGUACGUGUUUCAGUACCUGGACACCGAGACAGAGCGACGGCUUAGGGCCGAAGCUAUAGCCCGUGCUCGAGCAGCGAGCGUGAGGACAGCAGCAGCUGUUGCACAAGAGUUAGCAGCAGCUAACGCAGCAGCAAGGCAAGUGGCGGCAGCAGCAAUGGCUACCGCGGCAGCAACCAAUGGUGCCACUUCGUCUGCCACUCGGUUGGGAAUGCCCACUGGGUCCGCGGGUAGUUCCAGUGUCGCAGGUUCUAGUCACUCCACCAGUCAUAUGGCGGGCUCGCAGUUAAGCCCACUGACCCCGCGCCAGCGGGAGUUGAGGGAACUCCAGCAAGUUGAAAGGACUCGCACUAGGCUAGAGAGGGAACUGAAGGAAGUUGCUGAUAGACAAAAGGAGGUUAGAGAUAGGACAGUCAGAUUGGAAACGGUGGAGGCCGACAAAACUGCACUAGAGGCAAUGGAUGAGUCAACUAUGAACGACCAUGUAAGAGUGUUGAGGUCUAGCUUGCUGUCGUUGCAUACGCAUGUAGACAGUAGGAUGGACUUCAUGCAGGACACUUUGGAUCAGAUAUUGGCUCAGUUGCAGCAGCUUGGACCAAGGCUGCCUGCAGUUGCAAGAUCGCCGCUCCCUAUGUCGGCGAUGAUAGGCACUUACCCCCAUGCUGACACACAACCAAGCGGUUCGUCAGCAGCAGCGUCUCAGACUGUUGCUUCUACUUCUUCCGGUCUUGCGGUGGCAGCUACUCCACCACCGCAACAGCAACCUGUUCCACCACAGGGACAGCAGCAAGGCCCAUGGUACCCAAAGACCCCAAUGAAACCACCUGUCGCCUUCUCUGGUGAGAAGAAGGACGAGGAGCUCAACACAUGGUUGAGAACGGUUCCAAUGUGGGUAAGGGCAAAGAGGACUUUGCAGGAGGAGGAGGUGAUCACUGUUGCAUCUUACCUUGAGGGUAAGGCAGCCAAAUGGCUAGACGGGAUUAUAGCGAAAGCUGGGUUUGGGAGACACAUGGCAGAUUGGGCUAAGACCAUGACGUUAGAUGAGUUCAUAGACAUGGUAAAAGCUCGCUGGCAUAAUCCGCAGCAGGCACAGAUUGCCACUGACGCCAUAAUAAGACUAGACCAGCGACGGUACAAGUCCGUUAGGGAGCUUACGACUACCGUGGAGAAUCUCAUCGUAGUCCCAGGCAUUCACUAUGAUGACCAGGUCCUAUUGACCAUGUUCGUGAGAUGUCUCCCAGAGAAUCUCAGAACACAGUUGGCCAGAGAGGCACGCCUCGAGUAUCACACCUUCGAGUCCUUCUCUAGAAAGGCCCUAGACUUAGAGGCUACUCUAGGAAGUGCUCAACCUACUACUCCAGUAGACGGAAGGAAGAAGAAGAGUCCACAGGAGUGGAAGAAGAAGGGGAGUCGACUUAUGAUGGUUGAGACCGACGGGACUCAAACCGAGGUUGAGGACCUUUCUGCCCUGAUGGACACCACAAAGUAUGACGGCGAGGAAUCUGCUGAGGGUAGCACCCUUGCCGCGGUAGUAAAAGGUAAUGCAGGUGGCCGAGGGACGGGUCACCAAAAGAGUCAAGGGCAGACCGCCUCCAAUCAGUCCAAAGUUGCUGAUUGGGUCAAGGCUGGUUUAGAUCAAGAUGUGACGGGACCGAAGAGUGCGUGGUGCUUGCAUCAACUGUGUGUCAAUCUAGUACAACGAUUAUGGUGGCCCGGAAUGCUAGAAGAUGCAAAGAAGUAUGUUGAGACCUGUCAGGUCUGUUCACCGAACAAGCCGCGAACUCGAGCAACGCUUGGGUUGCUGAAGCCCUUACCUAUCCCCGCUGGUCCGGGACAGAGUGUUUCCAUGGACUUCAUGGACACCCUGGUGACCAGUAGGAAUGGCAAGAGGCACAUCUUUGUCAUCAUAGACAGAUUCACCAAGUACGCUAGACUAAUUGCCAUGCCAGAGACCGCAAGGACUGAACAUGUCAUCAAGUUGUUUAUGGACAACUGGGUGCGUGAUUUUGGACUGCCAAAGUCAAUAGUUAGUGACAGAGAUGUCCGCUUCACAAGUGAGCAAUUGGGCAGUCAACUUCAGAUGACUUUUGGGAACCAUCCCGAAGCCAACGGACACGCCGAGCAAAUGAACAGAGUUGUGCAACACCUGCUGAGGCAUUACAUCAAGCCCAACCAGGAUGACUGGGAUGAGAAGUUGCCUCCCAUCGCCAGCCUGUACAACAACGAUGUACACAGCAGUACCUGCAUUAGUCCUAAUCAGUUGCACCUGGGAUGGAAGCCUAGAUCAGCUCUGGACUUCCUCCUACCUGAAAACCGAUCCUCUGCAACUCCAGGCACACUUGAGUACGGUGUGCAGUAUGAGAAGUUGCUACAGCAAGUUGUCGAACAUAUCAAGAGAUCUCAGCAAGCAAUGAUUGCUUCUGAGAACAAACAUCGUCGGCAGUCCUCAUUUCAAGUAGGGAAACGAGUCUGGGUCAAGGCUAGUGAGCUAGGACAGGAAUUCGGAAUCUCUCGUAAACUAAUGCCUCAGUAUUUUGGUCCCUGGGAAGUCCUGGAUAUAGUNGUCUGGGUCAAGGCUAGUGAGCUAGGACAGGAAUUCGGAAUCUCUCGUAAACUAAUGCCUCAGUAUUUUGGUCCCUGGGAAGUCCUGGAUAUAGUUGGGGAUGAGAUGGAUGGACCUACCUAUGUUAUCCGCAUCCCUGGUCACUUGCGCACUCACCCUGUCUUUCAUGCCUCAAAGCUUGCACCUUUCGCUGAGACAGAUCAAUUCCCUUCAAGGAGAUCGAUGCUGCCCCCAACCAUGGAUGGCCAAGUGGACAUCGACGACAUUGUGGAUCACAGAGACCUGCCUGUUCCAAAGCCACUGGGUAGAGGAAGACCUCCCAAACCCAAGAGAGAAUAUCGCGUCAGAUUCGGGCAUCAUACGGAUCCAAAAGAAGAUCGGUGGUUCACCAGAGAGGAACUGAUUGAUACAGCUCCUCAAGUGGUGGCAGAAUAUGAGAGGAUGUUAAAAGGGAAGGCACCUGCGAAGUAAGCACCUCAGCGGACUUUCGAAGCUAAGGGGGAUGGAAUGUGAGGAUUGAGCCCUCAAAUG